AUGUACCCCACUUCACUCUAAAGUUGAUGUAUUUUCAAUUGAUCACAGUCACAAACUAAUUUUAAUACAUAGUAAAUGUUUCAUUUAUUGUCUAUACUUACUGAAAUAUAUUAAGCAUACUUUAUUAAGCUAGAUUUUUUGAUUCCUAUGUAGAAACGAUCAAGUGGUAGUUAAUAAAUUUGUCAUUUUUUAAGCACAGUGUAGAUGCAGACAACUGUAAUAACUCGUAAAUUAAACAUAAUUAGAAGAAAAUAAAUAUACAUGUAGAUGCCGUAUUAAAUAAUGAAGCGGUAAUGAAAAUUCAACAAAUUUAGUUUAAAAUAAACAAAAUGGGAGCAUUUUUUCUUAUUAUACGCUCUCCUGAAAACUAGUUGUUUUGUAUAUAACUCUCUUUACUUUGCACCCGUCGAUAUUGAAAGGAAAGUAUAAAGGAGAAAACGGUUUGAUACCCUGCAUGCCAAUGAUUCUGACUGACGUGACAUUCAAGUUUAAACGACUACAGUUACCAGAACGGCUUGCUUUCGCUAUGAUUAUAAACAAAUCCCAGGGGCAGUCAAUAAGUGUUUGUGGUAUUAAUCUAGAAAACCCAUUGUAUGUUGCCUGUUCCCGUAUUGGAAAACUAUCUGCUCUGUUUGUUUACGCACCAAGUAAUCAAACAAAAAAUAUCGUGUACCAUAAAGUACUAUAAUAAAAAUAAAACUUAAAUAAGUAAAAAUAAAAUGAAAUAUAAUAAGUAGGUAUCAUAAUAAGAAAUCUGAAAUACCAUAUUUUUCGUGUACCCCAGCAGCAGAGAUGUGGGCGAAACUUAAGACGGUAUAUAAAAAGUAGAGCUCCGUGAGUGAACAUUUGCUGCAACAAAAAUUCUUCUCCAUAAGCAUUGAAAGCGGCGACCGAAUGUUAAAUUUUUUCUCUAAAUUAGAAGAUAUGAAAACCAAGUUGAAGCUUGCUGCAGAGCCGUUGAGUGACACUAUAGUAACUACUAAAAUAUUAAUGUCGGUUACAAAUAUUUUAGACCAGCUUGGGAGCUAGUGCCAACUGUAAAACAAAAUCGCAAUGAGAUGAUGUCACACUUGCUAGUAGGCGAAGAAAGAUUAAUUCCAAGCGAGGAGGCGGUUGUUUUGCCUGUGUCCAUACAGAAACCAACUUUAAAAUCAUACAAUUGUGGAGUUCCUGGUCACUAUGCUAAGAAUUGCAGUAGAAGAGACAAUGGAGAGUGCUAUGUAUGUUACAAGAAGUGUCAUAUAUCGUAUCUACAUAAUGUCAUUCUAAGAAGAGAAAGAAUUUGAGUACAACAAAUGCUUUGAGCAAGGAAAGAGAUGUAAAUGCCUUUGUGUGUAAUUUAAAUAUUGAGGAAAUACUGUUGGAUAAUUUGUGAUAUUUAGACACAAGAGCAAUUGAGCAUAUGUGUAGCAAGAGGUAAUUAUUUUCUUAUAAAUAAAAUAAAAAUGCGUUUAUUGCCUUAUUAUCUAGUUACACCUAUUAUUAUCGGAAAAAGUGUAGUUCAACCGCCUUAUUACAAAACCAAGACUAACUUUAGUACCGAGUUUAGUACCAGGUUUAAUCUAUGGACUAAAAAAAAUGUUAUUACAAAACCGAGUUUAUCGCUAGUCCGAGGAUUAUAUAUGGUACUUUUAGUUAAACGGCGGCCUGACCCCUAGUUUAACUCUAGUACUAACCUCGAAACGUCAAAUUUCAGAGUUAACAUAAGCGUCGCUAUUGUGUUGUAAGAUAACCAAAUAAUAAUAAACAUAGAAAUAUGGACAUAAAUCAUAUCAUGCGUAAUUUAUGUAACAAACUGACACAACUAAAAACUGACACAAAGUACCCUGUGCGCUUUAGAAAAAAUAUAACAGACCAAAAGAUCAUAGCCAUACGAUCUUCGAUAAAAAAGGCUAUUGAAAAACAUACUUCAGAUUCAGAAUCUGAAAAACUACUCCACGUAGAGAUUUGGUGAUCAUAGUGGAUGUAAAGCAUAUUUCUGCAAAAAGACUAAUGAAGACGAAAAUAACGGAUUAAAUGAAAACGCUAGCGAUAGCCACUUCGGAACUAGUACUGUGUGGAGUCGAAUUUGCCAAAUAAUAUUAAAUGUUGCCUCACAUGCACAAAGCCUUAUUCACAAUGUGGAGAGUAAUAAAGCUGAAAACUUUAACAGCAUCAUUGCUAAAUUGGUUGGCGGCCAAAGGAUAAAUUACAGCCUCAGAGGCUCAUACCAAAACAGGUGCAAAAGUGCAGCAAUAUCGUACAACGAACGCAAAUUAUUAUCUUCCACUUAUAAGUAUGCAACUGGCAAAAGUCUUAGAGGCAAAAUGAAAAUAUUAGAACAAAGAAAGCGACUCAAAAGAAAACCAGGUAGAAGAUUAUUUAAAAAAAGAAAUAUGUCAUCAGUAUGCAGAGGAGAAGAUUUGCUGUAUGGCGAAAAUUGUGCAAAAGAAGACAUGUUGCCUGAAAUGAUGGAGAAACAAAAAACUAGUUUCGUAAAUAAUUUUUACAAAAGCAAAGAAGAAAGGGAAUUUAUUCAAAAAGAAACUAUAUUGCAAAGUUCAUGCAGUGAAUGGCUUGACUUGGGAAGAAAACUUUUGACGGCCUCAAAUUUUGGUCGUGUAAUAAAACAACGACAAAAUGUAAGUUGCAGUAACCUCGUAAAAGAUUUAUUGUAUAAAAGUAGCAUAAGCCAUGUAAAAUCAAUAAAACAUGGUAAUGAAAUGGAAAAAGUCGCAAUAGAACAGUAGUCUAGGAAAACUGGACUAAACAUACAGCCUUGCGGUUUAUUUAUUGACGAGAAAUUGCCCUACUUGGGUGCUACUCCCGAUGGAAUUUGUGAUGACAUGGUCGUUGAAGUAAAAUGUCCUGCUUCAGCCUUCGAAUUAAAUUUUAUGGAUGCGAUAAAAAAGAAAAAAAUACCAUUCUAUAAAAAAGAUAUAAACGACAGCGUUAGUAUUAAACAAAAUGCCUAUUUGGACUGUGGUUGAGUGAAAGAACACCUAUGAAAAUAGAUAUAAUUGAAAAAGACGACGCCUUUUGGAACAAUGUUAUGGAAAAUAAACUAAAUCGAUUUUAUAUGGAUUGUAUACUACCGGAGCUGAUUGAUCCGAGGCAUCCGAGAAAAAUGGAUAUUAAAAAUCCCUCAUACAUCGAAAUGACUAUGGAACGAAAAGCCAAUAAAAGGGAACGUUUUACAAAAAGAAAACUUGAUAAAGAAAUAGAAAAGAAUAAAGCCAAAGAGAAAAAUAAACUUGACAUAAAGGCACAGAGGCAUGAACAAAGAAGAAAACAAAGAUAUCGAAGAUGAAGAACAAAAAGAUCAAGAAGCCAGAAAACAAGAAGAUAAAGACAACAAAGAGAUUGAUUUUGUACGGCUAACAAAUUCUUCGAAAAUUACCAUACACAACUAUGCAGAAACAAGCAAUGAAAAUGUUCGACCGCCCAAACGAAGAAAAAUAUUGUAUGAAAAGAAAUUAAAUUUUAGUGAAUUUUAAAUCGUUAUCUCUAUAAACAAUUCGAUUAUAAUAUCUUAAUACAUAAAUAAAUUAAAUAAAUUGGUUUAAAUAAAACUGUUUAAAACUAGUAGGUACCUCUAUUAAUUUUAUAUCUGCCUAUAAAACCACUGCUGUUGCUGUCUCUUAUUGUGUUUUAUUCUUUGAAUAAGUAGAUAUCUUAUAGUAACAAAAUAUUAAAUCAUAGAUAAAUAAAAUAUUUUACAGAUUUGUCUCAUAAUUGUAUGAAUUACUUAUAAAAUUUACAAAUGUGCAAAAUCGCGAGUACAAUCGCAGGACGAAUAUCGACAGAUAAUUAGUAAAAAAUUUUGGUAAUUUAUUAUAAUACUUAAACUACUCUGUAAAUUUUCAGCUUAGUGUCAUUAGCAUAAGUGGCCCGUGACUGAUACGCGGUCAGCGCGGGCGGCCGCGCAUUACGAUCUUUUGAUGCGGGGGUGCGGUGAAGCGCGGGAAGAAGUUUCUAGCUCCGCCCCAUUCUUCAAGGCCAUUGGCUUCAUCUCAAGCCUUAAGAUGCCUGCUACUUUGGUUGAGCAAGAAGAAGGGAUGAGAAAAUUUCGCACUUUUGCUAAUUUUCCAAGGGUAAUAGGUGCAGUAGACUGCACUAAUAUUAGAAUAAAAAAAAUAAGAACUGAUGAGGGUCAAUCGUACAUUAAUAGAAAAGGAUAUCCAUCGAUUAAUGUGCAGGUGGUAUGUGAUGCAGAUCUUAAAAUCAUGGACAUUGUGGCACGAUGGCGUGGUAGUGUUCAUGAUUCUAGAAUCUUUAGGGAAAGCCGCUUAAAGCAGAGGUUUGAAGCUGGUGCAUUUUCCGGCUUACUCCUAGGUGACAGUGGCUAUCCCUGCACACCAUACCUGUUCACCCCAUUGCUUAACCCACAGACUGAAGCAGAACAAAGGUACAACAGAAGCCACAUCCGCACCAGGAAUACUAUAGAAAGAUGCUUUGGUCUGUGGAAACAACGUUUCCGCUGCUUACUAAGAGGAAUGUAUGGGGAUAUCGAAACAGCCAGGAAGACUAUUGUGGCAUGUGCUUUGCUUCACAAUAUAGCCAUAGAUAUGAGGGAAGACUUGUUUCCUGGGGAUGAUCUCAAUAAUGAGCAUCUUCCUAGGGAAUCAAAUAUACCAGUGCAACCUUAUAUUUCAAAUGCAACACGAGGUAGUAUAAGGAGAAGGCAGUUCAUUGAAACUCACUUCACAUAAUAUUAUAUAUAUAUUUUUUUUCUUCUGAUACUGUAUCAAUAGUAACAUUUAGACCAGUCUUAAAAUAUUGAUGAU